AUUCGACCCUGGUAGUUAAACGCGUCCUGACCUGGUCGGAUUCGAGGUGAGGAGAGAGUCAGAGAGCCGGCGAUGGUCGGCGUCGUCCCUCGUCUCUGCGAUCUCAUACGCGUCUCUCUAAGUCCCUACCUGGAGCCAAAGCCCUUCUCACUGACCAAGGAGUCCGAGAAGGAUCUCCUGAUCUCUCUUUCUCGCGUUCGCAAGGCAAUCCAGCGAUGGAAUGAUGAAUCCGAAUUCGAUGGAAAUCCGGAAAAAGAUGCUGAUUGUCACUUCCAUGUCACAUGUUGUAUAUAUGUCAAUCAACAGACUGAAGUUGGAAGCAAUUGCUUCAUGGAUAUUGUUUCUACAAUGGUUCCUUUCUUGGGUCUUGAAAGUGGAUUUGUUAGGCAUCUAGUGGGAAAACUUUUUGUAGACAUGUCAAAUCUUCUAGCUGUGUGUAGGACCAAAUGGAUCAGGUUCGUGCGCUUGCUAUGGAUCAGCCAUGGGAUAGCAAUGUCAAGUAUCAUUUCAAGCUCACCUAUGUCAACUAGAUCUAUUCAUAUCCCAAAUGAAAGCUGGUUGCAGUCCUUUAUGAAAUCUGAAUGGGUUAGAAUGGAAAAUUCAGCUUUUGAUAUUUCAACCUUUGUUGAUCUUUUGCACUUAAAAGUCUUUGAAAUUAACUUGUUUAUGGUGGAAGGUCUCUUCCAAAUCUUCCGCAACAUUCUAAAAUCUUCAAAAAAUGAUAUAAAUAAUCUCAAAGGAGCAUAUACAUAUAUUGCUUUAUCAUCACUCCUGAAGAUGCCAUGGAGUUGGUUGAAUGAAAUUCAUACUAGACAUAUUAGUUCUGGAGAAGAUGGAUUGCUUGGUAGUAAAAACUUUCUGCCAAGGCCCACAAAUAUGAUUUCAGGGAUAAUUCUUCAACUUCUCUGUUCCUUGUGUGAGCAAAAGGAUCUUAUAGAUGCUGAGGGUGUUUCUGCUGGAGGCCAUGUCAUAUAUACUGAGUUUGCAGAGCUAGUGAUUAAGCUUCUGCCAGGUUUCUUUGAGCACCUUAGAUGCAAGACGAACCUCUCCAGAUACUUGAAACACAAGUUACUGAUGUUGAUGACUAGACUUAGGUCUCAUGUGCAGGACAAUGUUUCCCACCUUGUUUUGUGGCUAGAGUUGCUUAAACACAAUUUUCAAGAUCUCCUAUACAUGCCCAUAUCGGAUUGUUCUGUUGGUCCUGCAACUGUUGUAAAAGAAUCUCCAUUUUUGGCUAAUUUUGAUGAUGGGGACAAGUUGCAGAAUUUAUGUACCAAACACUUGUGGAGACAGAUAACUUUUCUCUUUCUCCAUUGUUGCUUCAGAUUGGUCCACUUUGACAAGAAAUCUGGCUACCAAUUUCAUUGUGAAGCACAAUCUUCAUGUGUCACUUCUCCAUUGAAAGUCUGUGGCAAACUUGGCACCUCAAUGGGCUUAAUGCAAUUUUUUGAGUGGCUUCAAAGAUUAUUUCCACUGGAAAAUAUUGUGGACUAUGAAAGUUUCAGGGAAUCAUGUUGCACUUUUGCUGCAUUCUUCUUACAACUUUAUUUGGAGGAGGAUGACAUGCUAUUUGAUAUCUUGUUGCAACUUUUGGAUGCCCCAGUCAUUAACUUACAGAUCUGCAGUAGUGGAGAGGAAAUACAUUUUGAGGAGGAGAAGAAGAGUGCUGUUUUUGUUAUUUCCAGCAUCUUUAACCCUAUUUACCUUUUCCAUGUGUUUCUUUUGCUGUUACAUUAUGAUCAUCUGGUGCUUGUUGACUAUCUAAUUUCAAAAGAUACAGGAAUUCGUUUUCUGCAGUAUCUUUUAAGGUGUCUACGAGUGAUUUGCACAUUCUGGCAAACUUUUAUGGAGUUGUCAACAUUUGAGGGUGAAAAGAGUCAGCCUAGGCACAAGAGAAGAAAGAUAAUGUAUGAUAAAUUAGAAUCAGCACCUUCAAGUUCAACAACUAAAGGGCUAAUGCCAUCAGAGCUUUUCAGUGUUAGUGAUGCAGAUAAGAGCAUAUUGCAACCAAAUUUUGAAAAUGCUAAAGUUUGUUUGCUUAACUUGAAGAAAACUGUGGAAGAUCUUCAUCGAAAGGAUUUAUUUCCUUACAAUCCAGAGCCCCUUAUUAGAAGGUUUGUGAUGUUAUUAUAUGAUAUAUCUUUCCUAUGAAUCUGUCAACAAUCAAUUGUGUUUACUUCAUAGCUUCUUACGUUGUUUUUGUUAUCCACCUCCAACAAACUUCGACACAAAUGGGAGCUAGAUUGGUGGAUCAGGAAUGAAGUCAAAAGGAAGCACAUUGGAUACCAUUGUUCUGUGUGGAGAGUUUGGUAUUAAUUACCUGAGGGUUGACACUAUUCUCAUUUUUGCCUAUCCUCAUCUUUCGAGAAAUAUGAUUGGUGAUUUGUUUCAGCAUGAUGACAUGCCCAUUUUGGACUUUGAGAAUUAGAUGAGUUGUGCUGCACGUGCUAGAAAUUGGGCACCUUUUUUUUACUUAAUAUCUCAUCCCUUGCAAGGUCAAAUGCACCAACUUGUCAGGUUGUUAGACCAUUUCUCUUAUACAUCCACACAACAACAAAAGUCCCAUCUAUGUGUGUUGACAACAUGGAUAUUAUGAUUGUUACAGGGUGAUGGGUUAACGUUAAAAGAAAUGUGCUUAGGAUUUGUCAUCCUGAAAUUUUGGCUUAGUUAUGCACUUAUUAUCAAGGGCUAAUGCCUCUCUAACUUUUUUAAUCUGGGUUUGGCAUGGGCAAUUUUUUUAGAGAGAUAUAAUGAAAAGCCCUAAAGCCCCCAUCUUUUCGGGUGGGAAUGGGCAAUUGUUGUGAUUCUCUUUAUUACAGUAAUGUGUCAUUAUUUAUGAUCAUCUUAUUAUUCAUAAGCACAUUUGCAGAUAUAUUUUUCUCUUCAUGUGAUCUAUUAUUAGCCACCAGGAGAUAGGAUGGUGAAGUUGUUAAGAUUGUCUGCGCAUGUUAGUUGUGUUGUUUGUUUAGUAUCCACAAAAACAUCUUUAUCGGAGAAUCAUCUUGCAUUUGCACAUUAGUAGGUUUAACCUUAUUGACUGGAUCAUAUUGCUAACUCUUUUUCAUUCAGUUUGACCAGAUUUGAGUCACUCUGCAGCAAAUAGCAGCUAUAAUUUAGAAACCUCACCAUGGUUUUAGUUUUGUGUCACAUGAAUGCGAUCAGUAAUGUACCGCAUGAGUCGCUUUUCAUUACUCCGGGUGCACAGGUUCAAUGAAGAGACUGCAGCAGAAAAUCCUUGCACUUAUAAUUAGAAAUUCAUGACAAGCUCCUCUUGGAUCAGUGUUUCUUCAUCCUUCUCCAGCUCUCGAGUUUGUGCAAACCUUUUUUCAUUUUAUUUCUUGGAUUUCUACUGGUUGCUGAACCACGGUCUCUCAUCUCCAACAUCUUUUGGAAUCUUUACUUUGUUUGGACCAAUCAAAUACGUUUUUUUUUAAAGUACAGUAUGAUCAUCCACCAAUACUGUAACCUUGCAAUGCUAGAAAGAAUGGACAAUGAAGAGCUCGUUUUUCUGGUUUCAUAAGCUAUGGCUGACUACUUGAACGGAGGGCUGAGCAGGAAAGAUUCCAAGGGAGUGGACUUUGGGAGUGUUUGGUAGAGCUUAUAUUGAGCACUUGUUAGAUUCUAACUAUAUAGAAGUAUUUUUGAGUAUUUGUCAAUGUCAAAUUCUACUUCAGCUUCUAUAAGUUUUAUUCAAAAGAUAGAAGUAAGAAUUUGAUGUUUUUUCUUGCUUCUAUUUUUUUUUUUUGUUUAGAGUCUAAAAUUAAAAGUCUUUAGGUUAUUAAUAAAUUUAUCAUUUUACUUAA